AUGGUACGAGACUGUUUUAAAGAAAAUGAUUGGCAAAAUGUAAGACUCAAACUCAUUGGAAUAAGGGAUAAGGAUGGUAGAAUUUUUAACUUGCCCACGGCUGAAGAAAUUGCUGCAUUAAUAAUUGGUGAUUUUGAUGGAGCAUUUGAUAAAAGGGAUAUCAUAGUUCAAAGCAAAUCAACCGGUCUUCAGAGAAUUAGUGAGCUUCAUCCCUCUUAUCUUGCAUUGCAAUAUCCUCUUAUCUUCCCGCAUGCAGAAGAUGGAUUUAGACUUGGUAUUAAACAUCGAGGUGUUUCAGUUGAUUGUGAUAUACUUAGAACCAGCACCACAAUGAGAGAAUUUUUUAGUUACAGAAUACAAGACCGGCCCAACCAAUUUUCGUUGUUACUCAAUGCCCAAAACCUAUUCCUACAGUUUCUGGUUGAUGCGUAUACAAUGAUAGAAUCUGCACGAUUAGCUUACAUAAAGUCACAACAACCCAAACUUAGAACUCAAAAAUUGAAUCAAAGUGUUGAAAGUGGAGAAAGCGAUGCGUCAAAUUGUGGGAAACGAAUUUUGUUGCCUUCAUCAUUUACUGGCGGAUCUAGAUAUAUGAUGCAAAAGUACCUAGAUGCUAUGGCAAUCUGCAAAGUUGUAGGAUACCCAGAUCUCUUCAUAACAGUCACUGUUAUUUAUACAAUCGAAUUUCAGAAACGUGGUCUACCUCAUGCUCAUAUAUGUUUGUUCUUAAGUGCCGAUAGCAAGUUUCCAACUGCUAAAGAAAUUGAUUUGGUUAUUAGUGCUGAAAUACCUGACAAAGAGACGGAUAUUGAAUUGUAUGAACUUGUCAAACAGUUUAUGAUCCACGGUCCUUGUGGUACAGACAAUCCUCAUUGUCCAUGCAUGGUUAAGAACAAAUGUUCAAAGAAGUUUCCGAAAAAGUAUGUAUAUGAGACUUGUGUUGAUUCUGAAGGAUAUCCUAUCUACCGUCGACGUCAGACAUGUAACACUGUAGAAAAAAAUGGUGUCUUGCUUGACAAUAGGUUUGUAGUUCCGUACAAUCCUAUGCUACUCAAAAAGUAUCAGUGCCACAUAAAUGUUGAGUGGUGUAACCAAACAGGAUCCAUCAAAUAUUUGUUCAAAUACAUUAAUAAGGGUCCGGAUAGAGUCACAGCUUCUGUUUACCAAACUACCACAACUGGUAACGUGAACAAGGAAAAUGAGGAAAUGACAAAUAAACAAAAGCUGUCAAACAAAAAAAAAGUACAUGAAGUUAAAGCAUAUCUUGGUUGUAGAUAUAUUUUAGCGUUUGAAGCUGCUUGGAGAAUCUUCAAGUUUGACAUACACUAUCGAGUUCCAUCUGUUGAAAUAUUGCCUUUUCAUUGCGAAGAUGGUCAGGCUAUUGUUUAUGAUGAUAAUUCAAACUUGUGUGACGUGGUCAGUAACCCAACUGUGAAAAUGACUAUGUUCACAGAAUGGAUGAAAUGUAACCAAAUGGAUCCAUUUGCUAGAACAUUGAAGUAUAUAGAGUUUCCCAGAUACUUUGUAUGGAUACGCAAAGAACGAAAGUGGAUGCGACCAAUGAGUUUUGAUGAUAUAAGAACAGUUGAUGGAAAAAUUUACGAUACCUUUAAAGAUGCAUGUUUCGCUCGCGGUCUGUUGGACGAUGAUAAUGAGUAUAUAGUUGCCGUCACGGAAGCAAGCGCAUGGUCCACUUCUGAUUUCUUGCGUACAUUUUUUGUAAUGCUAUUGAUGUCAAACACCAUUUCUAGGCCCGGUCAUUUCUGGACACAAACAAAAUCUCUAUUGUGUGAAGACAUAUUAUAUCAGCAACGGAGAAUUACUGGUAUUCUUGAUCUGGUUCUUCUAGAGGAAGAGAUUGAAAACAUUUGCUUAUCACAUAUCGAAAAAUUGUUACUUGCUUAUGGAAGUACGUUAGGCAACUUUUCUGACAUGCCAAAUGUUCCUGAGAACUACAUUUCAGCAUUGAACAACCAAAUGAUAAUGAAAGAACUUUCGUAUGAUCGGGCUACCUUAAAAAAGGAACUUGCAUCUUACUUAAAAUCUUUAACUGAUGAACAGCUUAAAGUGUAUGAAACCGUCAUGAAUGCAGUUGAUAAAGGAAAUGGAGGUGUUUUCUUUGUAUAUGGUUACGGUGGAACUGGUAAAACAUUUCUCUGGAAAACAUUUGCAGCUGCCUUACGUUCCAAAGGUGAAGUUGUCUUAAAUGUUGCAUCCAGUGGUAUUGCAUCACUUCUAUUAGAUGGCGGCAGAAUGGCUCAUUCCAGGUUUGUAAUUCCGAUAAACGUUAACGAGGAUUCAAUAUGUUCUAUAGAACCAAACAGUGAGCUAGGAGGAUUAAUAAAAGAAACUAAGAUGAUAAUCUGGGAUGAAGCACCAAUGACACAUAAGCAUUGUUUUGAAGCUCUGGAUAGAACAAUGAGAGAUAUAGCACGUUCCAAUAAUCCAUCCUUGCAAAGCAAGCCUUUUGGUGGAAAGAUAGUUCUUUUUGGCGGUGAUUUUAGACAAAUCCUUCCUGUCAUUCCAAAAGGUACCAGAAGCAUGAUUGUAAAUUCUUCAUUGAAUUCUUCUUAUAUAUGGCAGGAUUGUCAAUUACUCAAGCUAACUGAAAACAUGAGGUUAAAAGUUGGUAAAAAACCAAGUAAUCUUCACGAGAUCAAGGAAUUUGCUGAAUGGAUUUUACAGCUUGGUUAUGGUCUACUUGGUGGUCCAAAUGAUGGAGAGGUGGAAAUGGAAAUUCCAGAUGAUCUACUUAUACUCGAUCAAGUCAAUCCUAUAUCUUCAUUGAUCUCAUUCACAUAUCCGGAUAUGCAAAAAUUUUUGUGGGAUUCAAAUUACUUCCAACAAAGAGCCAUUCUUGCUCCCACAAAUGAAGUUGUUGAUUCAAUAAAUACAGAAUUGUUAAAUAGUAUGGCUGGUGAAGAGAAGAUAUAUCUUAGUUCGGAUAGUUUAAGUGAGUUUGAGCAAAAAACCGACCUUAACAUGGUAUUGUUUCCUCCGGAUGUGUUAAACAAAUUGCAUUUGUCAGGAUUACCUAACCAUAAAUUGGUUCUAAAAGUUGGAGCUCCAGUAAUGUUACUUAGAAACAAUGAUCAAACAAAUGGUCUGUGUAAUGGUACACGACUUCAAGUAACAAAACUUGGAAAACGUGUAAUCGAAGCAAAGAUUAUUACCGAAAAUAAUACAGGUCAUCAUACUUUAAUUUCAAGAUUGAAAAUGACACCAUCUGAUAAAAGAUUACCGGUGAAAAUUGCACGAAGACAGUUUCCCACUAUCUCUAUGCUUUGCAAUGACCAUCAACAAGAGCCAGGGACAAUCACUUGA